ACAAAAACACUGCUGUCCCUAUAAGAGACCUGCAACGACAGCACAUUUUUAUUUACUGUAAAAUUUUCGAUUGAAUAUGAGACAUAGGCGCUUUGAAGUCAUUAAAAAUCCAUUUUAUUUUGAACAUAUCUACAGGAAACGUAUUUGGUUAUUGUGGCUAACCGCAGUCACCUGCUGCAGCGGAGCGGAGGGGAGCAGAACCAGGGGAGGGUGAGUGAGUGGGUGAGCAGUGCCAAAGGAACCGGGGGAGGAGUGCGAGUGGAGGGCUCCUCUCCUCUCCUCUCGGCAUCGUACACAUCUCCAGGAUGAAUUUUCGUUCGAAGUUUAAUGUCAGCACGCAGGGCGAACAGUUUUUAGGCUGGAAGGGUCUGGACUUAUGCUCUGGCACAGAUUUCUGAAGCCGAGAAGCCGCAUUUAGGAGCGCCCGCACUAGCAGACGUCGACACUUUGAGCUCACCUUGCCAGUCGAUGGAGGUCCGUUGUUAGGAGCUUGAGGGCAGGGGGGGAGAACCGGGGGGUCGGCCGAAAAUUCGCCAAAAUUACGACGGGAAUCAAGUACAGCUGCCUGUCUCCAGGCAACGGGAGAGACCACCGGCCGCUAGUCAUGUCUCGUGCCAAGGAGCGGCUGAAAGGCGGGAAGGAGACCAAGGACAGCGUCACUCUUCUGCCCUGCUUUUAUUUUGUAGAGCUCCCUAUCCUGGCCUCCUCUGUUGUCAGUCUGUAUUUUCUGGAGCUGACGGAUAUUUUCCAGCCAGUGCAUUCUGGGUACAGUUGUAAUGACCGCAGCCUGUCCCUGCCUUACAUCCUGCCCAGACUUGAAGUCUGCCCACUGCCUCUGCUUUUCAGCUUGGCCUUCGCCAUUCCCACCGCUACUAUUUUGAUUGGAGAGGCCAUCUUGUACUGCUAUCUGUCGAGGAGGUCAUCAGCCACACAGACGGAGGCCAACAUCAAUGCUGCAGGCUGUAAUUUCAACUCCUACAUUCGUAGAGCUGUACGCUUCAUAGGUGUUCAUAUCUUCGGCCUGUGUGUGACUGCUCUGAUAACUGACAUUCUUCAGCUGUCCACUGGUCAACAUACUCCAUAUUGGCUUGAUGUGUGCAAACCCAACUUAACCCACAUUAACAUGUCCACUUGUGAUGAAGCUUUUAUUUUGGAGGAUAUCUGCUCUGGCCAAGACAUAGGACUCAUCAAUGCUGGGAGGAAGUCUUUCCCCUCCCAGCAUGCUACUCUGGCUGCAUUUGCUGCUGUCUACAUCUCAAUGUACUUCAACACAGUGCUGACAGACUCAGCCAAGCUACUGAAGCCUCUCCUGGUUUUCUCUUUCGUUAUGCUGGCCAUCCUAGCUGGGUUAACCAGGAUCAUCCAGUUCAAAAACCACCCCGUAGAUGUCUACUGUGGUUGGCUACUGGGAGCUGCCAUUGCUGUUUAUCUGGGAGUGUAUGCAGUGGGGAAUUUCCAGCCUAGUGAAGAUCGCUCAAGAAGUCGACCCUCUAUACCCAUCUUAAGAGAGCCUCCCCUUUCCUCCCUGCCCAAUGUUAGCCAAUCAGCAAUUAGCAACAGUCACCAAGGACACCACACCCUGGCUCCCAGCCAACCAGAGCCCAUCAUUACAAGGACUUCUUCCCACACUUUGUCCCCUGACCAAACAGGGCCCAUCCUGACACGUAGCUCCUCCUAUCGAGAGCCCUCUCUCUCCAAUCUGAAGAGAGCCAGCGCUGAGGUGGAGGUGAUAACUCCAUCCAGUCCACUAGGCAACCGUGACAACAUGAUGAGCUUCAGCAGCAGCACAUUGCCAAGGUCCCACGGAGGCUCCUCACUAGACGAGGGUCGCAUUCCACGGCGUCACGCUUCCAUCCACGCCUCAAUGGAUUCAACCCGGUCCAAACAGCUCCUCAGCCAAUGGAAGAACAAGAAUGACAACAGAAAGCUGUCUCUGCAGGUGAUGGAUGGAAUAAGACCAGCCACCUCUUCAUCUCCUCAGAGGAACAUGGAACUGCGUUGCUCCUCUGAACCAUCUGCCAUGGGCCUAGAGGCAGAGCUCCGUGGUGGAACCCACCUGCCCUCAGCUAUGGCCCAGGAAGCAGAACUGCGCGCUGGGGGUCACAUACCAGCUCAGUACAUGAAACUAGCAGCUAGCUCUGUUCCCAUGGUCAAUCAUAACCACAUGGCCCACAAUGGCAGCAGCGGAAUGGCUGGUGGAGCCAGAGUUUCUAUUCAACCCCGGCCUGGAUCCUCCCAACUAGUUCAUAUUCCUGAAGAGGAAAAUACCACCUGCAGGGAUCAGGAGAGUGAAUCGGAGGACAGCAUUAUGGAUGGAGGUGGGUCAGUGAGGGAAAAGUGGCUGAGAGUGGCUGAGAAGACUACCAUCCCCUGCAGGCCGCUUAGUGCUGGAGGACAGCCCCGCCUCAUGCAGGUGAUAGCCUUAUCCAAGCAGCAAGGUCUGCUUCAUUCUCCUCGUUCAGAGGAUGGUGGCAGCACUGUCAGCUGCACCGGAUCUAUUCGGUACCGAGCACUGACUGACCAGGACCCAUCACCACCUGCCUCCACCACUGGGGCAAUGGGAGGAGGAGGGGGUCUGGAAAGAAGUGGCAGUAUCGUCCGUGUUGAAGCCCACCCAGAGUCCAGAUCAAACAAACCAGUGGUGAAACCUCCGAGCACUGAUGGAAGUGGCUCGUGGCGAUGGAAGCCACCAGACCAACGAGCAUCCCUCCGACAGUCAGCUUUUGCCCUUAAUGACCUGAACAGACACACAGACAGUUGUGAUUCGUUGAGGGAUGGUGGGUCAGUAGAUGGGAGGAGGAGUGUGACAGGGACCGAAAGUGAGAGUGAAGGAGGUGGAGACGGAGGGGGAGGAGGAGUUGGAGGAGGUGUAUACACCAACCAUCCACAUGUUGUCCACCCUUUACAUCCCUUACAUCCAAAUAAUCCAAACAAUUUCCAGCACCCCAGUUUUAAUCCUAACAAUCCCAACACUUACAACUUUAACAACACUCACUUCAACCCCAACUCUACCAACUCCAACAUGCAAUUUACCCCCACUGCAACCUUUGCUCCUCCUUUCCACCCCCACCCACAGGCCGUCACUACCAUCAGGGUCACUCCAGUGGAGGCGACUGCUGCCAGUAGCGAUGGUGGCUCAGACUGUCAGUCAGUGGCCUCAUCCAGCCGUGAGUCCACUCUGAGGAGGAAGACCGGCAGCAACAUGAUGUCUGUCUCAGACCGAGGGCCCACCCCUGAUCUCCACAACAACCACCGUGUCUGUGAUGACAACAACCGCCUCGACAGCGAGAGCAGUAAUCGUUUUCAUGAAAACCUUCGCAGUUUCCAAGAAAACCCCAUCCAUCCCAACCAUCCCAACCACCCAAACCGGCAGUUGCAGGGGAUGUUUGGCCGUCCGAGCCCAACUCCACCCCCCACCUUACCCCGCCCCAUCCUGACUCACACUCCCCCUCCUACUCUGGGGCUGGCCUAUAAAGAAUGACAUUCUCAGUGUUAAGUUCAACCAUACCUGUGAUAAGAUUCCCGUUUGACUAGAGUCAGACUUGAGCAAACACAUACAGCUCCACAAUGGGUUUAAAAUGAAAGAAAAUUGAGCUUAGUCUAUCCGACACUCUAGGAAAACUAAUAUACGGCCCCUCUAUAUGUGUCCCUCUAGCUUUUCACUGGUUUCGUAACCAACUAAACAAAUGCUGUGUUAUACUAUGUACUGUAGGCUCAAUAGGUUCACAUGCCAUAGAGUACAAACGCAAUUAGCUCUGGCUCUAUUUCCAGGCAGCCAGUUAUAGAGGACUAUGAUCAGGUCCCUAAGUAAAGUUGCAUAAAAAGUGAGUUUUGUUCAUCUUUUCUUGCGUUCUUAUUUAUUUACUUAUUUUUAUCAUGGGCUGCUGGAUAAGCCAGGCAGUUUAGUGGGCUCAAUAAACUUCUGACCCUUUGACUCGCUCUUAAGGAGAGACUCGUUCCUCUGGUCUGUCCCAGAUCUCCUGGCCAGCGAGGGUGGAUUCAGCCCUAAGAACUCUUUUCCCAUUUCUGUAGUUGCAAAGUCAGCUGUGAUAGUGAUAACAUUACUAACAUUUAUACAUAUUGUAUAUCCAACACUUCAAACACAUUGAUGAACUUUACAGUAUGGCAUUGCUCUUAAAUGGCAAUUUACAUUCAGAGCCUGUAACUGUGAUGUAAUUGUACAUAUGGGUGUGGGUGGCCACAAGGGAAAUUAAUCCUACGGCCUUAAUUGUGUCUGGGCUACAAGGAGUCCCUUCUGGGCAAUAACAGUAUUCUUAGUUGAUGGUGGUAUUGUGUUUGUGUUGGAUAAGAACAAUAUCAUGGGGCAUAUGUUGUGUUAAAUAUAGUAAAACAAGCUCUACUCUAAUUUUAACAUGCUAUGUUUUAAGUGAGUAUAUGAAUUAUCUUUACUGUGUAGUAGGUCUAAUGUACACUGACACAUGCAGCAUGUGAACUAUCUGAACAAACAUCCUCCAGUCCAAAGACUCAAGAAUUAUGUUUUCUUGAUUUAGUUUAGCUCAUCAUGUCAGUAUUAUGGGUAGAGUCAUGGUGCUGUACUAGGGCCACUGUUAGGGAAAGAAAACUAAAGAAAUAUGUUGGGAAUAAAGUUUUGCCAUUUAAAGAAAUGACAAGUACAUGAGAAUUGAUUAAUUUUUGAAUACAAGAUUUUUCCAACGAAGUUAUUUUAAAUAGAGGUAUAAAAUAAAUGAAUAAUAAUUAUUAUAUAAGAAAGUACUAUAUAAUUAUUGUAAAUCAUUUUUAAUCCCUUACCUUAAAAGAAAAAUAAUAAGGGGGGGGGGGGGGGGGGCAAGAAAGUCAUAAUAUUACACAACAAAAUUAUUUACAACAUACAGUUAAACUUGUGUUGAGAGAAGUUUAUGAAACAUAAUGUUCCUGUAAUUUUUACAAGAAAUUAUUUAAAAUUAAAGGGGAAAUUUUACAGUAAAAAGUGAUAAAAGUGAUCAAGAAUCAUGUCAUGUCAACAUGAUUCAGCAUAUUACAAUUAGUAGCAAUUUUAGUAUAUUUCAGAGUAUUGUAUGUAUUUUUGCAUGCUUUAGCAAUACCUUUUUUUAGUUUUUGUUUUGUUUUUUGUUUGUUUUUGUUUUUUUGCCUACCAGAGGCCACGUCUUACACUCAACAAUAGCAAAGGUUUGGAGCCUCAACAACUCUCUCUUUUUAUACAAAAACAUAAAACUGUAGGAUGCCACAGAUGUUCUCAUUUUUUCUUCCUGUAUUAGUAGUGGCCCUAACUCAUACUCUUAAAUAGUGGCAAAAUGCUGUUGUACAUAGAUGUUGGAGGAAGAAACAUCUUUUUGAACAUGUAAAUUGCCAUUUACCAGACUAUUCAACGUUGCUCAAACUUUUCUUGGCCCAAUGUUUACAUUCUUUAUUUAUCUCAGUGCCCAAGUGCCGUCAAAAGAAAAAGCCUUGUGGCUUGUGGGCUAGUCUCCCUGAUAUACUGUGUGAGUGUUUGUGCUGCCUUUUAGCAGACAGUGUGUUGAUGGGAACCCGCCUGCGAAUACAGUUGGUGGAGUUUAAGAAAGCACAGUUACUGCAGUUCGGUAACUAUACAGUGUAGUUGUUGCUGUGUAGAUAUUGCAUCUGUAUCACUUGUCUUUACGCUUGUGCUUCUGGUCAGAUGUCUGUUUGCACAUUGCAUUUGUAGGUGCAGGGCCAUGAUGAAGAUUUAGCUGGUGGUGACGCUGGAGAAGGUGGCGCUGGAGAUGAUGACGCUGCUACUAUUGGGCUUGUAAAGAGCUGUCCGUGUGUUGAGGUGUUUGAAUGGAAUACACAGUCGGUGAGUGGAAAGGGCUUGUAUUCUUUGUAUGAUUUUAAUUCCAACUUUUAACAACUAAAACAAAAUUAUUUAAGCCAAUAUUUCCUUUAGCCUGAUACACCAAGAGUGUAUGGUUUAAUGUGACAGAUGCCUUUAAUUAGUACUCAGUGUAUGUGUGUUCCUUCUCAUUUUUAGCAGUAAAUUUGUAGAGUGUCCAGAAGCUGAUGUGAAUGUUUGGAGUAGUGUGAAGGUCAUUUGAGGGUUGGCGCUGGAUCAUCAGCCCUGUAAUGAAUACCUUUGAUGACUUAACGAAGCAUUUUGCCAGUGAAAGGAGAGCUUAAUCUUUGAAAACUAUUUUCAAAGAGCACAGUGACAGAGAGAAGUUGAAAUAACUUAUCAGUGAGAUGGUUGCACAGGAUUUUACACUCCAUGUUUGCAGAGUAAUACUUCAGUGUGAAUACUGGGAACAAUAUUUUGAUAUGGAUGUAAAAUAUAUUUUCAUGUGAUUUAAAUUUAGGGUUUAUUUAUUCAUCAUUGCCUCUAUAGUUAAUGCUUGCCAAAAUUUUUGUGACUGCCACAAAAGAGCUUCACAUACAGUGACUUAUUCCAAAACAGUUAGUUGAGUUUUUAUGUAUAGAAGGUUUUAUUGAUCUUAUGUGUAUUACAUACUGGCCCAGGUUAACAAACAGUCGGGCUACUUAAUGAAUGCAUUGCAUGCAGAGCACAGUGUAAUUCAACAGUACAUUAAGAGCAGUUCUGUCCUGCUGUGUUUAAUUCAUUUAAACAUUCAUUUAACAUUCUUAUUCGCAUUAGUAUCUCAGUCAGUGUCACCGACUAACUUUCAAUCCAAAUGUAUGUUUUAUUAAAUCGGAAGAAGAAAUGCAAAUGAAUUCCUAUUUGUAUUUACUAGUCAGAGAGGUAAAUAGCUGGCAGCAUUCAUUUGGGCACCAUUAAGACACUGCAGAAGCAGAUCUGAUCAUUUUGUCUGUUUUGAAUUUCUUUAGUUGAGCAGAAGCUUCAUGGGUUACUGAAUUCCCCUGCUCCAUGUGCAGCCUGAUUUAUUCAGUGACACUUAGUCACAUUUGUUUUUCCAUUUCAGCAAAGCCUAAAAACAUUUAUGCGAUAUUUUAAGCCUUUUUAUAAGCAAUUUGAUAAUGCACAUAAAAACAGAUGACGCAUUUUGUAUAACUCUGAUGUUGGAAAUACAGAGGUGAGUGUGAACCCAACAGAAAGACAUAACUUCUGUACUGACAAAUAGCGGCUAGCUUUUUAGUAGUUGAUAAGGACCCUAUCAAAAAUAUAAGCACACCAUAUCACUUGUUAAAUCACCACCUUACAAGCUCUUUAUUUGGAGCUCUAAUGCGAACCAGCUUGACCUGUCCUUCUGUAACACUAACAAUAACCUCCCUAAAGCAACUAAAAUGAUCAGUUAUCAGUUAGAUAUAUGGACAGUGUUGUCUUUAUGACUGUGUUGGAAAAGUAUUGUCGAGUGUUACUGAUGUGAUAUCUGAAUAGAGGUGUAGAUCUGUGUAUUCACAUGACAUAAGUGAGACAAGAUUGCUCCGUUCCACAACACGUCUCCAGCUGGUGCUGAGUCGUGUCUAUCUCUGUCACGCUCAUCAGUAGUGCUAUUUGAAUACUGUGAUACAGGUAUACUGGAAAAUGAAACUGCCCACACACAUACAGUACAUGUGUAUAUCUAUGUCUGAGAGCUUAUUGAGAAAUAUUUGUGAUCAGAUGCAGAAAAUUGUACCUAGUUUGAUUUAAAAGACAUGCAGGUGGAAAUUAAAGUUAAACAAGUUACCUGCUCUAAGUACAAAUAUGUAAGGUGGAUGACUUAGGUUGAAAGUUCUAAUACUUAAGUGCAGUGUCAUGUUUGUUUGUUUUUUGUUUUUAUCUUUAUCACGACAUAUACUGAUCAGGCAUAAAAUUAUGACUACCUUUGCACCAUUGUGUAGAUCUCCCUUGUGUCUCCAGAACAGCUGUGACUCUGAUGGUGUCCUGUUGUCAGGGGUCUUUGGGUCCUGUGGGUUGAGGGGAGGGGCCUCUGUGGAUCAUCCCACAGAUACUUGAUCAGUUGGAUAUCUAGUGAAUUUAGAGACCAGGUGACAUGAAUGACAGAUCCAGUAAUUUCCCAGCAGAACACUGGACUGUCACAAGAUGAUCAAUGUUGUUCACUUCUCCUGACAGUGGUUUUAAUGUUGUGGCUAUUCAUGUAUGUUUUGACAGAAUGCAAUAAAUUUGACAUUAGUUUUGUCUGAAUCUUAAUAGCUAUGGUGGAGUGGUGUACUCAAGACCUCAAUGUAUUAUUAGAAACCUAAUGUUCCUAACAGAUGAUAUAAUGUCACAUAUGUUUAUCUGAUUCAUUAUUUUUAGUAUCAGUAGUAGUUUACGGUUUUAAAUUAAGAAUUCAUACAAUUUCAAAGUUAAAUCAGAAGUGUUCAGAAUGAAGAUAGUGAAAAACACUAGUUACAAUAAAGAGACUGAUGUAUUGAGAGCCCCGAGGUCCUGAACCUAUCACCCCCCGGCUACAGCUGUGCUGCAGUAUAGUUACAUAUAACAUACACUGAAGCCUUAGUGUCCAAAACAUUUGUGAGCACCAAAAUGGAAUUGCGUAACAAAGUAAUAAAUAUAAUGAUUAUGUGGACACUCCCCUUUAAUUGUUUCCCUGCACAUGAUGUCAUGGUGAGUCAAAGAAUUAGCAUUGUACUAGCAGGAUGUAACUGUACCUGGUCAUUACUGCCUCACGAGCAGGGACCAAACCCCCCCUCUGUACGUGCUGUUCCAUUGCUUCAUUUUCAGAUGAAAUCUACUCGUUUUUCAACUCUGCUUUAUUGCAAGUGAAAACGGUUCAGGCAGGUUGAAGUUGAGUUGCGCGAGAGCGAGGUCUGUGUGUGGUGAUGGUUAUUAACUAGUUCAAAGAGAAGCAGUUUAUUAGCUUACUUUCAUCUAAACGGUACCUAGUUGUGUUUUUGGCCUGCUUACCUUCUCAUACUACCUACUUACCUACUUACAUACUACUUAACAUACUGGUUACAAUACACACGAUGAUCAUAGAUUUAACCAGUAAAAAAUUAUCCUAAAAAUGUUAAAUUGAAUGAAUGUGAAUGAUCCACAGAAAACUACAAAUACCAGUCAUAUUUAUAACAAUAAUUAUGAUUUUUAUCAUUUUCAUUCACAGUUGUGAUACAGCAUGUAGAUAUUUUUGAUUAAUGCGUAAACUACAAUUUUUUUUAUAUCUCCUUGUCACAUUUGUUGCUAAUUGCCAUGGCAACCAUGGUCAGUAUGCCCCAGAGUCAGGCCUUCAGUGAGGGAAAUAUUGUGCCGAUAUUUUGGGAAUCAGUUGUAUUCUACAAGUGUUGUUUGAGGAUCCUGAAAUCAUUCAGAUAUGAUUAAUAUUUUCCAUAUAAUCCAACAGGAAAUAGUUUACAGAGUUCUGUUCCCUUUUCCGUUUUCAGCGCCUCACUGCUAAUAGGAAAAGGAUAAUGAUAAACACUGUGCAUUAUUGACAGUGGCCUUUUGGAAUAACUGUAACACAUUUCAUUUCCUACAUGGUAGAACAGUCUUACUAAAUGCUUUGAGCAAACUGAAAGGGAAAGCUCAUGUUUCGUCUGGGAGAUGUGACAGUGUCAGUCCAGCUGUGUGGUUUUCCCAUUGGACGCAGAGCUCAACACAAGCUAAAUACUGAUCACUGCAAUGAUCACUACCAUGGUAAAAGGUUACUUACUAAAUACCGAAAGAAGAUGUGUAAAAAUAUUUGAAGGAUUAGUUUUUCAUUUGGAAAAGUGUGUGUAUAUAUAUAUUGCUUUGUGUUCUGAACUGUAAUGGCUGUGGUUGGUAUAGCUCAUAGAAUGGAAGCAGAGGAAAGCAGCUAGCCUGGUACCGUGUAGAGUUGUUAAAUGCACCCACUACCAUCUGUAAAGCUGACUACCUAACUCUGUACACACACAAAUGUAAAAAGAAUUUUCUACACACUUUUGUGCUUGAACUGCUCUCUUGGAAAAACAGAAAUUUUCAGCAUUUUCCACAGUGUUGCAUUUUUUCUUUGAACAAGACAGUUCUUCUGGACCCCCAUAGAUAACGGUCCAGCUGAAACCAUAUUACUGUAUGAAAGACAAUGCUCUUUUAUAUUUUUUUGUCACGUGAACCCAGGAUUAGGAUUCAAAGCAAGAAGUUCCAAAAUAUUACAAAGAACUGAUGCUGUAAAAUUGUCAUAUUGGAUACUUGGUGUAGGUUUAGGUUUGUUAUUUUCUAUCAGAUUUCUAAUCAGUUGAAGAUAUGAGCUAUUAGCUGUUUAUAAUGAUCGAGUACAGUAUCAGUUUCCUGUUUCUAUUGCUGUAAAUAGACAUUUGUAUCUUUAUACUCAUCUGUAUAUUGUGUAUGUGAACCCAGACUAAUGGUUUGGGUUGUUAGCGUGGUGGAAAUGCUAAUGUUUAGCAUGGGUGACUAGACAUUUAGAGUGAGGCCUGGAGUCAGUCCGCCUACAAAUCCCUUCAUUCACCAGUCUCUUCUCUGUAAUUACAUUGAAACUUCAUUUCUAGGUUUUAGGGGACUGAACUCAGGCCUGCCAUUUGUUUGGUACAGUGCAAGACUUGCAUUUUAGUACAAGAUAAUUAUUUACAAAAAGCUGCUGUCACAUGAAACCAGAUAAAGUGUAAUUAUCCACAUAGUUUCAUAAUCCAGGAUCACAUUUUUUAAAUGUCUAUUUGUGUACUUGCACACCUGUUAAUCCCCGAAAGCCAGACAGUGAUAAGGAGUUCUAUUUUUUAGAAAUAUGAGGUUUCACUUUGGAAGUUUGGAGCCUGAGUUGUGGAUUAUGCUGAUAGUGUACACUAACAUCUGCACCAAUGAAACAUGUUAGUGUUCUAGCUAGCAGCAUAAAUGAAAUAUCAGAAAUGUCAAACCUCAGAAAGAGAGCAAAAUGCAGAGAGGAAAUGUUAUUUGAUAGAGACAGAAAUGAUAUCACAUGAGUGUUAAUGAAAUCCAGUAUAUGUGAUCUCUCAGUGGCUAUGUUUACAUGUACACUGUAUAUACUGUACAGUCCAUGUAUUUACCUAAUGUUUGCUGGCUCACAUCAGAGCAGAGCAACGAAAUAUGUUUUAUCAUGAUCAUACAUGUGGAAGCAUGUUGGAUUCAUUAAAGACACAAUAUUACACAUUCUCUCGUACUGAUGAGAUAAUGUUGCGACAGAGAAACGGACUGUUACUGGAUUACUUUGAUACUGAAGACAUCUUAAAAAUGUGAUUCUCGUGCAGUUUCUGAAGUGCCCUAUUAGUCUGCUCUACAUCAUGUUAUUUAUAAUUACUAAACAUUUACUUACGUUCACGUGUUUUUGUAAUUAUAGUCAAUAAUUCAUUCAUUUUUCUCUUUAGUGAAUUCAGUGUGCUUCCGCUCACCUUUUUUUUCUCCAUGCAAAAAAAGUGAUUCGGCUCAACCGCAUGUGCAAGCUAGCAUAACCACUCUGAAAGCAAGCUUCUGUUUCAUCUCUUAAUUUAUAUGAUCACUUUUAUUUCAUUUUAGCCAGAUAACGCAAAGGGUCAUGUAGGUUCCCCUGUUUUCGGACACCAAAUCAGUCUCCACGCUGGGAUCCAAAACAGUGUGUGCCCCUCUGUCAACAAGGACGUGUACAUGUAAAGAUAGCAUCUGACAUGAAGUCAUCUUCAUCCAUUCUGUGACUGUAACUGCACUCCACGUGAAAACAAGCCCUGGCUUUCAGUGGGGCUCUGGGGUGAUUUCUGCGUGCUAUGGGACCUGGACUCACAGCACCACGUUGAGGGCUAACUGCAGAAUUAACAGUGUGACUAAUAGACUCAACUGUUUGAUCAUUUGAUCAGAGUUUGUGAACACAUACAGUGACAGUGUACUGAUAAUCACGGACAUUAUAAAGUUUCUGUUUUCCAGUGGUGUCUCUGUAACAAAAUAAAGGUUUCAUUCCAAGCUG